UCACACUGGAAUGAAGCCAUAUGACUGCCUGGAAUGUGGAAAGAGUUUCACUCAGAGUGCACAUUUACAUGCACAUCAAAGGAUUCACACUGGGGAGAAACCUUAUACAUGUCUGGAGCGUGGGAAGAGCUUCACUGAGAGUGGAAAUCUGCAUAAACAUCAAAGGAUUCACACUGGGGAGAAACCCUAUGAAUGCCUGGAGUGUGGAAAGAGUUUCCGUGAAAGCCGAAAUCUACGUUCCCAUCAAAGAAUUCACACUGGAGAGAAACCGUAUAAAUGUACGACAUGUGGAAAGAGCUUUAGUCAGCAAGGCAGUCUGCAGUUUCACGAAAGAACUCACACUGGGAUGAAACCCUAUGAAUGUCUGGAGUGUGGAAAGAACUUCACCCGGUAUGAUCAGCUACAUUUACAUCAAAGAAUUCACACUGGAGAAAAACCCUAUGAAUGCCUGCAGUGUGGAAAGCGCUUCCCACAGAGAGCACAUCUACAUUCACAUCAAAGAACUCACACUGGGGAGAAACCCUAUAAAUGUCUGGCAUGUGGAAAGAGUUUUAGUCAGCAAGGACAUCUGCAGAUACAUGAAAGAACUCAUACUGGGGAGAAACCCUAUAAAUGCAUGGAGUGUGGAAAGUCCUUUGCUCGUAGUGGAAAUCUUCAAUUGCAUCAAAGAACUCAUACUGGGGAGAAACCCUAUGAAUGCCUGGAGUGUGGCAAGAGCUUCACUCAUAGUGGAAAUCUACAUUCACAUAAAAGAACUCACACUGGGGAGAAACUUUAUACAUGUCUGGAGUGUGGCAAGAGCUUCACUGAAAAUGGAAGUCUACAUAAACAUCAAAGAACUCACACUGGGGAGAAACCCUAUGGAUGCUUGGUGUGAAAGGAAUUUCACUCGGAAUGAUCAGCUACAUUCCCAUCAAAGA